CGUCGCUCGAUGUGUGACAUGUUAACUUACCGAUUUAAAAGGCCACAUACAGUACUCGUUGUUGCAAUAUUAAGUUAGUGAAGCAGUUUUCGUGGGUUUCCACUCUGUUAGUCUUUAAGAUCGAGGAGCAAUUCAUUUCCUUUUCUAGUGUGCUGUUUGCAAACCCGCCCCAUUUCAAGACAGUUGGGCAGGCGGCGUGCGAGGGGCGCGUCGUGGAGGCCCAACUGUCAAACAGCGGGGCGUGCCUACCAUUUCAACAAGUGCAAAAUAAGUGAGAGGUGCACAGUAGCUGGGGCUUAAAACACUAAGCCAUCAGUUAAAUAAAGCUAAGCAACGUAAACCCUAAACAAAAUGACACUGAAGUGAUCACACGGUAGUUGAGAGAUGUUCAUAAGUUCUGUUUUUUAAUUAUCGUGAGACUUCUGUAAGACAUCUGUCUGCCCAUAGAUUAGUAUGGGUAGUGAGUUAAAAGAAACUAGGAUGGCGCUGACCCAAGAGGAUGAUCGUAAAGUGAAACAAAGUACUAUCAAGACAGAGGAAUUGAAACAAAGAACUGUGAUAAAUUCCUUAUUCUCUGGAGCAUUUGCUGGAGCUGUGGCCAAAACAGCAGUAGCACCAUUAGACAGAACAAAAAUCAUGUUUCAAGUUUCUUCAAACAGAUUUUCUGCCAAGGAGGCCUAUAAGUUGAUUUACCGUACAUACUUAAAAAAUGGAUUUUUCAGCUUGUGGAGGGGAAAUUCUGCCACUAUGGUUAGAGUGGUUCCAUAUGCUGCAAUCCAGUUCUGUGCACAUGAGCAGUAUAAGGUCAUCCUGGGAAGCUACUAUGGUUUUCAAGGAAGAGCACUACCACCUAUACCAAGAUUUAUUGCAGGUUCAUUGGCAGGCAUAACUGCUACUAUGUUGACUUAUCCACUGGAUUUGGUACGUGCACGGAUGGCUGUAACACCCAAAGAAAUGUAUAGUAACAUUCUGCAUGUUUUCAUUCGGAUCUCACGGGAUGAAGGAUUAAAGACUUUAUAUCGAGGUUUUGCUCCUACAGUACUUGGUGUGAUUCCAUAUGCUGGGCUUAGUUUCUUUACCUAUGAAACACUGAAGAAACUACAUGCAGAAUACAGCGGUCGAUCUCAGCCAUACCCAUAUGAGAGACUGAUAUUUGGUGCUUGUGCUGGACUUAUAGGUCAGUCAUCUUCUUAUCCUCUGGAUGUGGUACGUCGACGAAUGCAGACAGCUGGUGUAACUGGUCAUGCUUACAGCACCAUUAUUGGCACUAUGUGGGAGAUUAUCCGAGAAGAGGGGCUUAUCCGUGGCUUAUACAAAGGACUAAGCAUGAACUGGGUAAAGGGGCCCAUUGCAGUAGGAAUCAGCUUCAUGACAUUUGACCUUACACAGAUUCUCCUCGACAAACUUCAGAAACAAGGUUAUAUUGCUAGGUAAUGGGAUAGCAAUGACAAGGCAUUAACAAAAAUGUAUUUGAAUGUGGGAGUCUGAAAAAUUUCCUUCACAGAGCAGAUGACUCCUGAGCUUUAGGGCAGUGUAUUUUUUAUGCUGUGUGUCCAUUUUUGUAGCACAGCAAAGCCCCUUGUCAGUAUUCAUAUCUCUUAUUGAUUACUUGCAAGGCUUUUUCAGGUUAUUGGAGAGGUGAGCUAACCGAGCCUAAGUAAUUGUCCCAAGGGAAGGAGUACUAACUGAUGGGCACUGCUUAGUAUUUAAAGUACAAUUCAGGUGCAAAUUCAGUAUAGUGAAAACCCUGGAGCAUCUGGGAAAAAAAAAUAAACAAUCUUCUGCUGUCUCCCCGUACGUCAGAGGAGGUUUUACAGCUCUUUUACAUGCGUUCAUGUAUUUACGUGCUGUUGUAUACUUUAUUCAAGCUUAAGGCAGUGCCAUCUUACAUUUUCACCAAUGUACUGUAGAAAUCCAUGGUGGCUGAGUAGGGGACAGAUUUUCAGGCAACUCUGAAGGUGGUCACGUACCUGAUUUUGAAGAUUGCUCUCAGAAAGGUGUUUUUUUUUUUCAGUGCAUGGAUUGAUGUUACAUGCAAAACCAUCUGGUUUAAAUGCCUCAAGGUACACUAACUGCAUUUCUCAGCAUUUGUUUGUGUGCAAAAAUUCUACUACUGUAGUAUUUGUUCUUAUGUUUUUGGUAGUGGCUAAAGGAGGAACUUUAUUGCAGUUACAGUGAAAAUAAUUCUGUUGACUACUUAGAGAAUAACAUUUCUGACACUUAGAAAAUCUGAAACUGCAUUAAAAUAUUGGAUGCAAACUGGAAGUUUGGUGACCAGUAUUAGUGCACUGUGACAUGUCAUUUUCAACAAAUAUUUUGCAGAUAUGAUUUGCACAUAAAAUUGCUUCUGUGCUUUGCCUGCCACAAAGAAAAAAAAAAUUACUGAUGUUUUGUGCUACUUAGCAACAGUAAGGGAUGCCAUGUUGAUACAUCCAGAGAAGUUAAUGUAUAACAAGUGGCAGGCAACUUGUGUAUCUUUUUAACAUUAUAACUCAUGACCAUCUUGGAAGUUGCUGGCUGCUAAUUUCUAAACUAUUUUAUAUUUUUGGAGGGGAAACUAUUGGACUGUACAUUAAUCUGAUGGUGCCAGAAAUACUUUAGUAAUGAAUUGGCAACUGCUGCUUUAAUACGCUGCUGAGACACAUUGUUUUUAAUGGGGAUCAGUAUGAGCCACAAAAUCAUGUUUUGAAAUUUGGCAGUACUACAUGUAUUCAUUGUAAGAAAAUAUAUGUGAAAUGUGACAGAACUUCAUUGUUUGGGGGAG